UAUUUUUCCUCUAAUUUGGCUCCCGUUCCUCCCAACAGUGAGCAAGACCUGCCAGCAGAGCUCACUGGAGCAGGGAGACAUCCCGUCAUCCUUUUGGCGCCUGACAAAAUCAUCACAGCAGCCGAAGUUGCUGUGCAGAGAAAGGAGAUCGUCCAAGCAUCAGGCCUCAUCCCAUCACAGAGGAAGGGUAUCCUCCAAAAAGCCAGUGUCCCUUCACAGAGGGAGGGGAUUCUCUCAGCCGCCAGCGUCAAUGCACAGAGGGAGGAGAACCUCCGAUCAUCAGGCGUCAUCCCUGCACGGAGGGAGGGGAUCCUCCAAACAGCUAGUGUCCCUUCACAGAGGAAGGGGAAUCUCUCAGCCGCCAGCAUCAAUGCACAGAGGGAGGAGAUCCUACGAUCAUCAGGCCUCAUCUCGUCACAGAGGGCGGGGAUCCUCCAAACAGCCAGUGUCACUGCGCAGAGGGAGGAAAUCGUCCCAAUGGCCAGCGUCCCUGUGCACAGGGAGGGGAUUGUCCCAAGGGCUAGUGUCCCUGCUGAGAGGGAGGAGAUCCUCCGAGCAUCAGGCCUCAUCCCUGCACAGAGGAAGGGGAUCCUCCAAACAGCCAGUGUCCCUGCACCGAGGGAGGGAAUUCUUAGAGCAGCUAGCAUCACUGCGCAGAGGGAGGAGAUCCUCAGAGCAUCAGGCCUCAUCCCUGCACAGAGGAAGGGUAUCCUCCAAAAAGCCAGUGUCCCUUCACAGAGGGAGGGGAUUCUCUCAGCCGCCAGCGUCAAUGCACAGAGGGAGGAGAACCUCCGAUCAUCAGGCCUCAUCCCUGCACGGAGGGAGGGGAUCCUCCAAACAGCCAGUGUCACUGCGCAGAAGGAGGAAAUCGUCCCAAUGGCGAACGCCCCUGCGCACAGGGAGGGGAUUGUCCCAAAGGCUAGUGUCCCUGCUGAGAGGGAGGAGAUCCUCCGAGCAUCAGGCCUCAUCCCUGCACAGAGGAAGGGGAUCCUCCAAACAGCCAGUGUCCCUGCACCGAGGGAGGGAAUUCUCAGAGCAGCUAGCAUCACUGCGCAGAGGGAGGAGAUCCUCAGAGCAUCAGGCCUCAUCCCUGCACAUAGGGAGGGGAUCCUCCGAGCAUCAGGCCUCAUCCCUACAAAGAGGGAGGGGAUUCUUCCAGCAGCUUCUAUCACUGCGCAGAAGAAUAAGAUGCUCAGAGCAUCACAACUCACCCCUGCACAAAGGGAGUUGAUCCUCCUGAUGACCAGUGUCACUGCGCAGAGAAAGGGAAUCUUCCCAAAGGCCAGUGUCUCUGCGAACAGGGAGUGGAUCGUCCCAAAGGCUGGUGUCCCUGCAGAGAGGGAGGAGAUCCUCCUCACAGCCAGUUUCCCUGUGAAGAAGGAAAACAAUCAUCCACAACCACCUCCCAUCAUCCCCAUGGUGGCACCACUGUGGAAAUGGGAUGUUGGAGCGUGUACUGCACCUGUGGAUUUCUAUUCCAAGAGAAGAGAUGUCCGACUUAGAUAUGUUGAGCAUCCUGCUAUGAUGUCCAUCACCAAGCCGGAACACUCCGAUGCCAACCCUCAGUUCCAGACUGGCACCCGGCCGGUGGCUGAGCCCGAGACCCCUGCUGUUCACAAUAACAGUGGAGGCUGGCUCAGCUGGGUCUUUGGGAGUGGAAGAGCUAAUAAGAAGGAGGUUCAUCUACCUGAGGACAAAGACAGAUCUAUUGUCUGGGAUCCAACUCUGCACAGAUGGGUUAACAAAACUGAGCCCAAGGCUGAGGACAAGUGUGUACCACCACCUCCACCGAUGGGGACAUAUGGAUAUCAGGGGAACACUGGCAAUGUCCCCAAAGGAGUGAAUCGCUACUCUAUGAAAGCAGCAGGUCUAUGGGGCAGCAGAUACCCUACAAUGCAUUUCAAUGAUGGGACAAACUCAAAGCCUCCAAGCCAUGGGCCUGGACUGCUUCCUAGACAGCUCUCUGGCUUGCUCCCUCCUUCACACUUUGACCUCAUGGCACCAAUGGUUGUGCCACCUGACACUCUACCUUACUGAGGCCAAUUAACCAGAGUGGAUUUGCCAAACAUAGAUUUUUUCAGUGUUAAAAAACUUCACCAUUAAAAAAAAUUAAAAGAUGAUUUUUUA